AUGACUAAACGAGACAUCCAGACACUGAUGGACCUCCGAGAGAUACGAGGUGUGCAUGUGAAUCCUCGAAAGCGAGAAACCGACACUGCAACCAAUACUCCAGUCCCCGAACCAAAGAGACAGUGUAUCGCGGUCCAAUGCGAUCAUCAGGGCACCACAUCUGCGAAUUGUCCGCCAACCAGGGUCGAAGAACCAGGAGCUGCUGAAGUAGAGAACACCGUAGACUCCGAGUCAGACACAGUCACAGCUAAAAACGCUACAACAAUUGCAAAUGCGCCCGAUCAAAAAGCCGAGAGCAGCCGAAAGACGCAGCUAGCAGACGAAGCUUCACCAGCAGAAACAAGCCGAAUUCGAGGUAUGGAUAUGGGUUGCCAGGGAAAGCCUGGUGACGCCACUGCACUGAGUCUGGAGGCCCGGCGCAAAAUCAUAACAGCGACUCUUUCCCGAUGCUAUGUGGCAGUUUACCCCGUUCAAACGUUCGCGGAUCUGAUUAAACAAUCAGGGCAAGACGUUAAAUUCUCCCGGCAUUCGUCACAUACAGAACACUACUGCUCACAGAAGAUCGGGUCUGGCGCCACGGGCUUCUAUAUUCGGUUUACUCAGGACGCUUUCGAAGAAAUAGGGCCAUGGCUUCGUCAUGCCAGUUUCCCUCUUAGCAAACCUGUUCGAAGCUGGAUGCCAAAACUACGCAACGUCCAUCUUCUGGCAUCUACGAGGCAGCGUCACUCAUAUCAGAAAGAGCUGCAACAUAGUCUGGGAGGAAGCACCGGAUUGGAUUCAUUUUCUGACGUAUUUGCGAUCAGUACGGUCGCAGGUGCCCGAGUUUUCCAACUGGCAGCCUUUUUCAGGAUCUCCGUUUUGUUCAACGUCGUCACCUCUUCUCCAACCAUCAUCUUCUGCAAAAUGUACGAACAGGAAGAAAACGACGGAGUGCUGCGAGGGCAAAAGGCGGGUGCCCUUGUGGAUAGAGCUUGA